AUGAUGAUUCCCCACGUUAGUUUACUUUUGCCAUUAUAUGCUUUGCUAGCAGUUGCUUCCCCAUUGAAAGGAGAAUGCUCAAGCGAUCCAAAAGAUUAUUUGGUUUCGCCAUUGCCAGGUUGGGAUGAGUUGCCUUCAGACUAUGCCAAGCCCAUCCAGUAUGCCGGACAG